AUGGCCGAAAAACGCAAACUCCCCGCCCGCGAACGUCGCGAACCCGCGGCGAAGCGACGAGCCUCCGAAGCUCCGUCUCGACCAUCUCCUCAACCUCAGUCUUCGAAGAAGAAGGGGUCUACACCGGUCGUCGCUCCUUCGCCUCCUCCUCCACCGCCACCACCGGAACCUACCGAACCCCCUUUGCCUACAAAGAUAAAGGAUGGAGAGCCUCUUCCGACUACGGCCACGCCGCAACCGACCAAUCUUGCGGAGAAAGAGUAUCAGUCGUAUGCGGAAAGUGCGAUUCUGCUAGCAUCCCUGGAACGAUCGAAGAAGAAAUGGCUAAGCGACGGCAUCUUGGAGAGAUACUGGACCAAACCCAAGAAGACCAAGAGGGAACAGAUUGAAGGGAAGAAUCCGCCCAAGGAGACCAUGUCAAAGGUUGGAGCUUGCAACAUCGUUGUCGGACCUCAUCUGUUCGACGCGAUGCUGUACACUGUCAAAGAUCCCAACGCGCCGCCGCCGAUCCAAUACACCACCCCUCAACGCCCGAUGGUCCAUUAUGGACAUCCGAACAACUUCCAACAAUACCACCCCUAUCCUCACUCCCCUGCCCCGCCCCAGCAUGCACGGCAACACCCUCCUCAAGGCUCUCCGGCGACCCCAGGAACACCUCAACCAGGCUACACUCCUGGAAGCCACCCACCCCCUUCACAUCCUGCUCGGACUCCAAGUCAGCCACCCCAUCGUCCCCCGGGCCCUCAGUCUGCGCAAAGACCAUCGCCUUCUCAGCACCCCCAGACUGCCCAACCGCCGAAGCCUAGCCCAGACCCUGUCAUUCAGAUGCUUGCAACACGAGCUGCGUCCGAUCCCGAGCUCAAAGCGUUGAUGCGUGUCGUGGCUUCGAGCAAAGCAUCCCAAGAGCAACUCCGCGCUUUCCAGGCGCAUAUUGACGAACUGAACGCCAUCAUUCGCGCAAGGGAACAACAGCAACAACGGCUACAGCAGCAGCAGCAACAGCAGCAACAGCAGCGACAAGUUCAGCCUUCCACCCCCUCUCAUCCUCACCCUCGUCCGUCACAACCCCCAUCACAACACCCAUCACAACAGCCCCAGCCUCAGCCUCAGCAAACGCCGCAACCUUCGCAACCUCCGCAACAACCUCCCUCUGCACAAAAGCCUCCCCCGCAGUCAGGUCAACAAACCCCUCAGCAGACCCCGCAAGGGCAGGCGCAACCACAGUCCACGCCGCGUGUCGAGGUGCAAGUCCCCAAACCAUCACCGUCUGCCGCCCCUACCCACCCUCCCCCCAACUCGAACGCCCCACAGCCGCCACAGACCCCUACUCCACAGGCACCUAAGCCAGCCCCUCAGGUUGUCAUCAAACAAGAACCUGGCGUGGCGGCGGCAGGCCAGCCCCCGUCUCAGCCGGUAUCGAGUCCCAGUGUGGCGCCGGCUCCAAUUUCUACCCCGGAUCCGCAAAAACAGGCAAGCCCAGCUUAUCAGCAGCCUCCGUAUCAAAGCCAUCCACCUGCUAUACAAUCCCGACCUCCGCAGUACGGGUCGCCAGCACCAUAUUAUCGCCCAGCUCCGCCACCGCCCCCUCCGAGACAGAACUACAAGUCUGUGGUCUUUGAAUUUACAUCACCGCUGACCCCAUAUGGAAGCAGCACAUCUGGACAUGCAGGCUCUGGUGACCGAUACCUAUUUCCUGAGUACACAAUCUUGGAAUGGCUCCCUGGAGGAAAUACUGUGCUUGCCUCAUUCCUGCUCGUGAGGAAGGUAGAUCCAAACGCAACGUUUCCCUUAGAGUCAGCUACUGAGACGGCCAACCCAAGGGCUAAAGGCAAGGCAUCCAAGUCCAAGUCGAAGAAAGCGGACAAGAACAAGGAGAAAGUCAGCGAGGCCGACAAGGAUAAGGGGAAAGCAGACGAUAAAGAAAAAGACAAGCCGCAGGAGAAGUCCAAUGAUAAACCUGAGCCUUCGGCUACCGAACCUAAGCCGGACGGCUCUAAGACACCAGCCAGCAACACCCAAGCUGAUCAGAAGGCUGAAGCAUCCGGAACACCUAAUAAGCCCUCCGCCGAUAAAGACGGCUCGAACGACAAGAAGGCAGACACCAAAGACAAGGACAAGGACAAUGACAAAGAGAAGGAGAACAAGGAGAAAGAGAAGGCCAAAGACUCCAAUCUAAAGGAAUACUACCAACCUGUAACAUUCCGCAUCUUCACCAACAACCCCAAAGUCCUCGAACCUCUAGGCCGUGUCGUGAAACCCCCCGACGAAGUACGCAAAUACAUGAAUGAGAUCAUGGACCGAGCGGAACGCGCCCCUGAGGGAUUUCUGGCAUACCGUCUGCCCCGGGAAGAGCCAGACGAUAACAAGCCCGCCCCUGAGUUAGAAGAUAGUGGCAAGAAAACCGGGACUCCGGUCCCAGCUGCGCGUGGGAGGCUGCAGUCUCGGAGUAAGACGGUGGACGAGGAAUCAGGGGAUGAGAAUAUCGAGAAACCUGUGGAAGAGGAGGAGGAAGAGGAACUCAAGGAUUUCUAUGGUCCGCCUACGGGACUUCCACCUAUGGGGGCGUGA